AUGUUAGUUAAAGAAAAAAGAAAAGCGACUACCAUCAGAGAAGAAUACAAGUCAGAUAAAUUUCACGAAGAUGAAUGCUCGUCAACAGGUAUUGAUCCAGAAACAAGUUCACUUACUCCGGAACAAAUGGAGGAAUUUUUUCAAGCAACUGAAGAUGGUUCAAUUGAACGAUUGGAACGAUUAUUUAAUGAAAAAAAGAAUGCUGAUCCUAAUAUGACACGCUUUACUGAAUCUCUUCUUAUGGCAGCUAUUCGACGACAACGUAAUGAAGUAGCUGAAUAUCUUAUUGAUCAAUUAGAAGUUAACGUUAAAUAUGCAGCUGAUCUUCAUGAAUUUCAUUUUCGUAAAAAAAAUCCUAUUCGACAACGAACAUUUUCAUGUCGAGAUUUAGCAUAUGAAAAAGGCAUGAUGGAACUUGUUGAUUUAAUUGAUAUAACAAAUGAUGAAGUUACACCAAAUAUUAAACGGUACUUACGUAAACGUCUUCAAAAACGACUGGAUAUUAUUAAUGAAACUUAUUUAAAACGUGUUAAAGAACAUAAUAAAUAUUCAUUAUUGCAAUCAAAUGAAGAAAUAGAAAAUAGUCCAUCACCUACGAUGAAUAUAAAUGAUGAAGAAAUUAUACAACAACCAACAAUCUUACCCCCAAUUACUCCACGUCCAUAUAAAUCACAUAUUCAAGAAACAGUCCAAAAUAUUGAUAGAACAUAUGAAAAAUCAAUUGAUGAAACAGGAAAAAAAUCGUUUCGAUUUUCUAAUUAUAAUCUUCAUUUUCGUCUUGUUGAAACACAAGAUUCAAAUAUGAAAAUUAAAGAACAAUCUCAAAUAAAAACAAUAAUACCUUCUCUUCCUAUUAUUCAAUUACCAACAUCACCUUCAUCACCAUCAAUUAGAUCAGACAGUAAUCGUCGUUCAAUUAGUGAAGCUAGUACGCGUCUAUCAAUACGAGAUACAAAUACAUCAAGAUGUCAUCCAGUUCGACGUACAACUAUACCUGAAAUAGUAUCUACUGAAAAUAAACCACCAAUAACAACUACGACUAAACAUUUAUUACCACAACGUAUUAAUCGAAAUAAGAUAAAACAUCGUUAUAUUCCUCAACAACAAGAUACUUUAUAUAAUCAAUCACGAAGUUUUGUACCAGUGACUUUGAAAGCAACGGCUAUUGGUUUGCCAUCUGAUAGUCGAAUUAUUAGAGACUAA